UAGUGAAAAUUACAUUUUAAGGAAAUUAAAUUAAUGGCUUUGUGGCUGUGGUAACUAGUGACGACCCCUUUCUAGUUUCGCUAGCUGUGAGCAGUGUGAACAAAUUCCGAACGAAUCUAUUUUCGUAGAUAGCUGCCCAAAAAGAGACCGAAAUCAAGAUGCCUCCAAAGAAGGGAGAAGGACCAAAACAACCACCACUGAUUGGACGCUUCGGGACUUCUUUGAAGAUUGGGAUUGUGGGAUUGCCGAAUGUUGGGAAGUCAACAUUCUUCAAUGUGCUGACCAAGAGCCAGGCCGCAGCAGAGAAUUUUCCCUUCUGCACCAUCGACCCCAACGAGAGCAGAGUACCCAUCCCUGACGAACGCUAUGACUACCUCUGCACCUUCCACAAGCCCCUCAGUAAAGUCCCAGCAUUUCUGAAUGUGGUGGACAUAGCUGGGCUGGUGAAAGGAGCUCACGCUGGACAAGGACUGGGCAACGCCUUCCUGUCUCACAUUAGUGCCUGCGAUGGCAUCUUCCACAUGACACGUGCGUUUGAGGAUGAGGACAUCAUCCAUGUGGAGGGUAAUGUGGACCCAGUGAGGGACAUUGAGAUAAUCCAUGAGGAGCUACGGCUGAAAGAUGAGGAGUCUCUUGGACCAAUCAUAGAUAAAUUGGAGAAGACCGCUGUCAGAGGAGGAGACAAGAAACUCAAACCUGAAUACGACAUCAUGUUGAAGGUAAAGGACUGGAUUUCAGAGGAGAAGAAACAUGUCCGCUUCUACAAUGACUGGAAUGAGAAGGAGAUUGAUGUGCUGAACAAAUACCUGUUCCUCACGUCCAAGCCCAUGAUCUACCUGGUCAACCUCUCAGAGAAGGACUACAUCAGGAAAAAGAACAAGUGGCUGAUUAAGAUUAAGGAGUGGGUCGAUGCCCAUGACCCAGGAGCUAUGGUCAUACCAGUGAGUGGAGGUCUUGAGGCCAAAUUACAGGACAUGACCGACGAGGAGAAGGACAAAUACUGUGAGGAGGCGAAGACUCAGAGUGUACUGACUAAGAUCAUUAAGACGGGCUAUGCAGCUCUGCAGUUGGAAUAUUUCUUCACAGCGGGACCAGACGAGGUUAGAGCGUGGACUGUCAGGAAAGGCAGCAAGGCGCCCCAGGCGGCAGGGAAGAUCCACACUGACUUUGAGAAAGGUUUCAUCAUGGCAGAGGUCAUGAAGUUCCAGGACUUCAAAGAAGAGGGCACUGAGAAUGCUGUCAAGGCUGCUGGGAAGUACAGGCAGCUGGGCAGGAACUACAUCGUGGAGGACGGAGACAUUAUAUUUUUCAAAUUCAACACACCCAAUGCACCCAAGGCAGCGAAGAAGUGAUGGGACCAACGCGACCAGUACAUUAACACAGGGUUCUUGUGUCCCGUCUCAUUUUAUCCUCGAGGGCCGCAGUGUCUGCUGAUUUUCUCCCCUCUUCCUGGUAUUAUGAAUGUGAGGAUAGAAUUAGAAUGAUAGAAUUAAUCAAUGUAUGGUAGGAUGAAAAUCGAGUGCACACUGCAACCAUUGAGGUCAAUACCAGGUCCUGAAGUGUUUCCUGGUCAGUUUAUUUGGUCAGGAAAAACUCCUGGCACUAGUCAGGACUGAUUGGAACAAGGAGGGACCAUUAUUAUUAUUUUAAGUAAAGUAGGCAUCUCUGACCGUGCCUGACCAGAAACCACCAACGUGACUUCUGUAUUUGCCCCACCAUACAAAAUCUGCCCUGGUGCCUUUUUUUUGUUGGCAUGGGACUCUUGAUUAUCGCACCUACCCAUACACUAUAUGAAAUGUAUAUCUUUGCCCACCUCACACAAGACAUUGCUGCAACAUUGUGAAUAAGAGGAAGAUAUAAAUUAGUCUUCUGACACCCCUGGCCACGUUCAUAUUUGGAGGUGAAUAUUGCUUUAAUUUGUUCUGGUUCCUGAAAGGAAAACAUCAACUAGCUAGCUACUUAGCUAAACAAUGGAAGGUGCACAAUCCAUGGCUACAAAACUAGCUACCUACUCUGUAAGUUAGCUUGACAUGCUAGAAAUGAAUAGAAACAAGUUACUAAAAUAAAUGUUUUAUCUUCUGAAUCAA